UUCAGCAGCCUCAAGAUGGAGUUCUUGCUGGAGCGCGACCCGGGCUUCUACCUCGUUCACCUGUACCUGCCACUCACGUUGACCGUGCUCAUGUCGUGGCACGCACUUUGGCUCAAGGUGGAGAUACCGCAGGCCCGCAUGGUGCUCACCAUCCAGUGUCUGCUCACUAUCGUGACCGUGUCGAAUGGCGCACGUGCGUUGGUACCGCGGGUGUCGUACCUGAAGGCCGCUGACGUCUGGAUCACCGCGUGCAUACUGUUCGUGUACGGCACCAUCUUGGUCUCCACCAUGGUCAACUACAUGGCCAGACUCAAGCUGAGGUCACUCUGGCUCAGAAAGGCGGACCAAGCCUUCGCGGACGUUUGCCACGUGAUCAAGCACGGAACGCCUUCGGACGACUUCUUGCUGAAGAUGAAGCGGGCCAACAAGCAGGAGCACCACAGGAACGUCAAGAGGUCCGAGUCUGUCGAGAGGCACGCUCGCUACCUUUUUCCAGCCUGCUUCCUCCUCUUCAACAUCGUGUACUGGCCUUUCUACAUGCUACGGGCCUACUCAUACUUCUGA